GAGGCGACGGCGAGCGGGAGGAAAUGGCGGCGGCGGCGGCGGCGCCGUGCGGCCCCAGGAGGCCUGGGCUGUGACGCGCGCGCCGGAGCGGGGUCCGAUGGUUCUCGAAGGCCCGCGGCGUCCCGUGCUGCAGGUUACCUAGAGUAUGAAAUAAUACAGACUUGGAAAGUGAAAGAACUUAGAAUCAGCAUUUUGAGAGCAGAAGCUUGGGCAUGCUGUGAUUUUCCAAUAAACUGCUAUCACAAUGUCAAAAUGCAGUUCAGACAACAGCAACACAGAGAUCUCAAACAUUAAAACGUAAGCUGUGCUAGAACAAAAAUGCAAUGAAAGAGACACUGGAUGAAUGAAAAGCCCUGCUUUGCAACCCCUCAGCAUGGCAGGCCUGCAGCUCAUGACCCCUGCUUCCUCACCAAUGGGUCCUUUCUUUGGACUGCCAUGGCAACAAGAAGCAAUUCAUGAUAACAUUUAUACGCCAAGAAAAUAUCAGGUUGAACUGCUUGAAGCAGCUCUGGAUCAUAAUACCAUAGUCUGUUUAAACACUGGCUCAGGGAAGACGUUUAUCGCAGUCCUGCUCACUAAAGAGCUGUCCUAUCAGAUCAGGGGAGGCCUCAGCAGAAAUGGAAAGAGGACGGUGUUCUUGGUCAACUCUGCAAAUCAGGUUGCUCAACAAGUGUCAGCUGUCAGAACUCAUUCAGAUCUCAAGGUUGGGGAAUAUUCAAACCUAGAAGUAAACGCAUCUUGGACAAAAGAGAAAUGGAACCAAGAGUUUACUAAGCACCAGGUUCUGGUUAUGACUUGUUAUGUCGCCUUGAAUGUUUUGAAAAAUGGUUACCUAUCACUGUCAGACAUUAACCUUUUGGUGUUUGAUGAGUGUCAUCUUGCAAUCCUAGACCACCCCUAUCGAGAAAUUAUGAAGCUCUGUGAAAAUUGUCCAUCGUGUCCUCGCAUUUUGGGACUAACUGCUUCCAUUUUAAAUGGAAAAUGUGAUCCAGAGGAAUUGGAAGAGAAGAUUCAGAAACUGGAGAAAAUUCUUAAGAGCAAUGCUGAAACUGCAACUGACUUGGUGGUCUUAGACAGAUACACUUCUCAGCCAUGUGAGAUUGUGGUAGAUUGUGGACCAUUUACUGACAGAAGUGGACUUUAUGAAAGACUGCUGAUGGAAUUAGAAGAAGCACUUAAUUUUAUCAAUGACUGUAACAUAUCUGUACAUUCAAAAGAGAGAGAUUCUACUUUAAUUUCUAAACAGAUACUAUCAGACUGUCGUGCAGUGUUGGUAGUUCUGGGACCCUGGUGUGCAGAUAAGGUAGCUGGAAUGAUGGUAAGAGAACUGCAGAAAUACAUCAAGCAUGAACAAGAGGAGCUGCACAGGAAAUUUUUAUUGUUUACAGACACUUUCCUAAGGAAAAUACAUGCACUAUGUGAAGAGCACUUCUCACCUGCCUCACUUGACCUGAAGUUUGUAACUCCAAAAGUAAUAAAACUGCUUGAAAUCUUACGCAAAUAUAAACCAUAUGAGCGACAGCAGUUUGAAAGCGUUGAGUGGUAUAAUAAUAGAAAUCAGGAUAAUUAUGUGUCUUGGAGUGAUUCUGAGGAUGAUGAUGAGGAUGAAGAAAUUGAGGAAAAAGAAAAGCCAGAGACAAAUUUUCCUUCUCCAUUUACCAAUAUUUUAUGUGGGAUUAUUUUUGUGGAGAGAAGAUAUACAGCAGUUGUCUUAAACAGAUUGAUAAAGGAAGCUGGCAAACAAGAUCCAGAGUUGGCUUAUAUCAGCAGCAAUUUUAUAACUGGACAUGGCAUUGGAAAGAAUCAGCCUCGUAACAAACAGAUGGAAGCAGAAUUCAGAAAACAGGAAGAGGUUCUUAGGAAAUUUCGAGCACACGAGACCAAUCUGCUUAUUGCAACAAGUAUUGUAGAAGAAGGUGUUGAUAUACCAAAAUGCAACUUGGUGGUUCGUUUUGAUUUGCCCACAGAGUAUCGAUCCUACGUUCAGUCUAAGGGAAGAGCAAGGGCACCAAUCUCUAAUUAUGUAAUGUUAGCAGACACCGACAAAAUAAAAAGCUUUGAAGAAGACCUGAAAACUUACAAAGCUAUUGAAAAGAUCUUGAGAAACAAAUGUUCCAAGUCAGUUGAUGCUGGUGAGACUGAUGUUGAGCCUGUGGUGGAUGAUGAUGAUGAUGAUGUUUUCCCACCAUAUGUGCUGAGGCCUGAUGAUGGGGGUCCAAGAGUCACAAUCAACACAGCCAUUGGACAUAUCAACAGAUACUGUGCUAGAUUACCAAGUGAUCCGUUUACUCAUCUAGCUCCUAAAUGUAGAACCCGAGAAUUGCCUGAUGGUACAUUUUAUUCAACUCUUUAUCUGCCGAUUAACUCACCUCUUCGAGCCUCCAUUGUUGGUCCACCAAUGAACUGUGUACGAUUAGCUGAGAGAGUUGUAGCUCUCAUUUGCUGUGAAAAACUGCACAAAAUUGGUGAACUGGAUGACCAUUUGAUGCCGGUUGGGAAAGAGACUGUUAAAUAUGAAGAAGAGCUUGAUUUACAUGAUGAAGAAGAAACCAGUGUUCCAGGAAGGCCAGGUUCCACAAAACGAAGACAGUGCUACCCCAAAGCAAUUCCAGAAUGUUUGAGGGGUAGUUAUCCCAAACCUGAUCAAUCCUGUUACCUGUAUGUGAUAGGAAUGGCUUUAACUACUCCUUUACCUGACGAACUCAACUUCAGAAGGCGGAAGCUCUAUCCGCCUGAGGAUACCACAAGAUGCUUUGGAAUACUGACAGCCAAACCCAUACCUCAGAUUCCACACUUUCCUGUGUAUACUCGCUCUGGAGAGGUUACCAUAUCUAUUGAGUUGAAGAAGUCUGGUUUCACGUUGUCUCUACAAAUGCUAGAAUUGAUUACAAGACUUCAUCAGUAUAUAUUUUCACAUAUUCUUCGGCUUGAAAAACCUGCACUAGAAUUUAAACCUACAGACGCUGAUUCAGCAUACUGUGUUCUACCUCUUAAUGUCGUUAAUGACUCCAGCACUUUGGACAUUGACUUUAAAUUCAUGGAAGAUAUUGAGAAAUCUGAAGCUCGCAUAGGCAUUCCCAGUACAAAGUAUUCAAAAGAAACACCCUUUGUUUUUAAAUUAGAAGAUUACCAGGAUGCAGUUAUCAUUCCAAGGUAUCGCAAUUUUGAUCAGCCUCAUCGAUUUUAUGUAGCUGAUGUGUACACUGAUCUUACUCCACUCAGUAAAUUUCCUUCCCCUGAAUAUGAAACUUUUGCAGAAUAUUAUAAAACAAAGUAUAACCUUGACCUGACCAAUCUUAACCAGCCGCUGCUGGAUGUGGACCACACAUCUUCAAGACUUAAUCUUUUGACACCACGCCAUUUGAAUCAGAAAGGGAAAGCUCUUCCUCUAAGCAGUGCUGAAAAGAGGAAAGCCAAAUGGGAAAGUCUGCAGAAUAAACAGAUAUUGGUUCCAGAACUCUGUGCUAUACAUCCAAUUCCAGCAUCACUUUGGAGAAAAGCAGUUUGUCUCCCCAGCAUACUUUAUCGCCUUCACUGCCUUUUGACUGCGGAGGAGCUAAGAGCCCAGACAGCCAGUGAUGCUGGCGUGGGAGUCAGAGCACUUCCUGCAGAUUUUAGAUACCCUAACUUAGACUUCGGGUGGAAAAAAUCUAUCGACAGCAAAUCUUUCAUCUCAGUUUCUAACUCCUCCUCAGCUGAAAAUGAUAAUUACUGUAAGCACAGCACAAUUGUAGUCCCUGAAAAUGCUGCACAUCAAGGUGCUAAUAGAACCUCCUCUCUAGAAAAUCAUGACCAAAUGUCUGUGAACUGCAGAACAUUAUUCAGUGAGUCACCUGGUAAGCUCCAAAUUGAAGUUUCAACAGAUCUUACAGCAAUUAAUGGUCUUUCUUACAAUAAAAAUCUUGCCAAUGGCAGUUAUGAUUUAGCUAACAGAGACUUUUUCCAAGGAAAUCAGCUGAAUUACUACAAGCAGGAAAUACCUGUACAACCAACUACCUCAUAUCCCAUUCAGAAUUUAUACAAUUACGAGAACCAGCUCAAGCCCAGCGAUGAAUGUACUCUACUGAGUAAUAAAUACCUUGAUGGAAACGCUAACACAUCUACCUCAGAUGGAAGUCCCAUGCUGGCCGUGCUGCCCGGGCCUACGGAAGCUGUCAGAGUGCACAAGGACAGGCUGGCUUCUGAGCAGAGCCCUUCUGUUGGGUACUCCCCCAGGACCCUGGGCCCAAACCCUGGACUAAUUCUUCAGGCUUUGACCCUUUCAAAUGCUAGUGAUGGAUUUAACCUGGAGCGGCUCGAAAUGCUUGGUGACUCCUUUUUAAAGCAUGCCAUCACCACCUAUCUAUUUUGCACUUACCCUGAUGCUCAUGAGGGCCGCCUUUCAUAUAUGAGAAGCAAAAAGGUCAGCAACUGUAAUCUGUAUCGCCUUGGAAAAAAGAAGGGCCUGCCCAGCCGCAUGGUGGUGUCCAUAUUCGAUCCCCCUGUGAAUUGGCUUCCUCCAGGUUAUAUAGUAAAUCAAGACAAGAGUAACACAGAUAAAUGGGAAAAAGAAGAAAUGACAAAAGAGUGCAUGUUGGCUAAUGGCAAACUGGACGAGGACGACGAGGAGGAGGAGGAAGAGGAGGAGGAGGAGGAGGACCUGCUGUGGAGAGCUCCAAAGGAGGAGGCCGAUUAUGAAGAUGAUUUCCUGGAGUAUGAUCAGGAACAUAUCAAAUUUAUAGAUAACAUGUUAAUGGGAUCAGGAGCUUUUGUAAAGAAAAUUUCUCUUUCUCCUUUUUCAACCACUGACUCUGCCUAUGAAUGGAAAAUGCCCAAAAAAUCCUCCCUAGGUAGUAUGCCAUUUUCAUCAGAUUUUGAGGAUUUUGACUAUAGCUCUUGGGAUGCAAUGUGCUAUCUGGAUCCUAGCAAAGCUGUUGAAGAGGAUGACUUUGUGGUGGGGUUCUGGAAUCCAUCAGAAGAAAACUGUGGUGUUGACACAGGAAAACAGUCCAUUUCUUACGACCUGCACACUGAGCAGUGUAUAGCUGACAAAAGCAUAGCGGACUGUGUGGAGGCCCUGCUGGGCUGCUACUUAACCAGCUGUGGCGAGAGGGCUGCUCAGCUUUUCCUCUGUUCAUUGGGGCUGAAGGUGCUCCCGGUAAUUAAACGGACUGAUCGGGAAAGUGCCGUGCACCCGACGAGGCAGAAUUUCAACAGCCAACAAAAGACUCUUUCAGCGAGCUGUGCUCCUGCUUCUGUAGCCAGUUCACACUCUUCUGUAUUCAAAGACUUGGAAUAUGGUUGUUUGAAGAUUCCACCAAGAUGUAUGUUUGAUCAUCCUGAUGCAGAUAAAACACUGAAUCACCUUAUAUCGGGUUUUGAAAAUUUUGAAAAGAAAAUCAACUACAGUUUCAAGAAUAAGGCUUACCUUCUCCAGGCAUUUACACAUGCCUCCUACCACUACAAUACCAUUACUGAUUGUUACCAGCGCUUAGAAUUCCUGGGAGAUGCGAUUUUGGACUACCUCAUAACCAAGCACCUUUAUGAAGACCCGCGGCAGCAUUCCCCAGGGGUCCUGACUGACCUGCGAUCCGCUCUGGUCAAUAACACCAUCUUUGCGUCAUUGGCUGUAAAGUAUGACUACCACAAGUACUUUAAAGCUGUUUCUCCCGAGCUGUUCCACGUCAUUGAUGAUUUUGUGCAGUUUCAGCUUGAGAAGAAUGAAAUGCAAGGAAUGGAUUCUGAGAAAUAUUUGCUAAUAUCUCAGCUUAGGAGAUCUGAGGAAGAUGAAGAGAAAGAAGAGGAUAUUGAAGUUCCCAAGGCCAUGGGGGAUAUUUUUGAGUCGCUUGCUGGUGCCAUUUACAUGGAUAGUGGCAUGUCACUGGAGAUGGUUUGGCAGGUGUACUAUCCUAUGAUGCGACCGCUAAUAGAAAAAUUUUCUGCCAAUGUGCCCCGUUCCCCUGUGCGAGAAUUGCUUGAAAUGGAACCAGAAACUGCCAAAUUUAGCCCGGCUGAGAGAACUUACGAUGGCAAGGUCAGAGUCACUGUGGAAGUAGUAGGAAAGGGGAAGUUUAAAGGUGUUGGCCGAAGUUACAGGAUUGCCAAAUCUGCAGCAGCAAGAAGAGCCCUUCGAAGCCUCAAAGCUAAUCAGCCUCAGGUUCCCAACAGCUGAAACCCCUUUUUAAAAUAAAAUAAAUUUUUACAAAAGGCAGAUUUAAGGGAGGAAAUAUUUGAAUUGAAAAGAGUGACUUUAAAGUCGAUAUUGAGCUGUUGAGUGGAAUGAAUUGAAGACAGAAUUUAAAGUUUGAUAACAAGAUAGAUAACAGAAUAAAACAUUUAACAUAUGUAUAAAAAUUUUGGAACUAAUUGUAGUUUUAGUUUUUUGCGCAAACACAAUCUUGUCUUCUUUCCUUGCUUCUGCUUUGUUUAAAUCACAAGAGUGCUUUAAUGAUGACAUUUAGCAAGUGUUCAAAAUGAUUAUUGACAGGUUUUUCUUUCUUUCUUUUUUUUUUUUAAUUUCCAUCAGCUUUGCUUAGUGUUAGAAGGCCAAGGAGCUUAAUCUAAAACAAUCCCUAGAUUUACGUAGAGUACUCUUAAAUUCCCUCAGUCUGUGCAGUGGUGCCAGGCCGACAGUAGGUGACAAGGCGAAUAGACGGAUCUGGUUUGCGAGAGAAGCAGUGUGCCAGUGAUGUCUUCUCUUUCCAUGCUGUGUUGUGUGAGGUGAUGCUCCCGACCACUGUGGCAUUUAAUAGUCAGGGACAGAUUUUUGGAUUAACAUCAACUCGCAUGUCGGGGAAUCAAAUUUUAGUUUUCUUAUGCCACAUAGUCUUGCAUAAAACAGAUUCUUGCCUUAAAAGUAAAACCCUCAUGGAUCGAUUUUAAUUUGUGAUCUUUUUGGAACAAACUAUUUUACAUUCCCUUCAUUUUAUUAUGCAUUAGAUGUUAAGACAGCGUGGUAUUUACAGCUCACUAGAAUAGUUGUAACUUAUUACAGUAGUAUACUAGACUUUCUGUCAUGUGUGUACUGAAGACAUUUAAAAAACCAGAAUAUGUAGUCUAUGGAUUUUUUAAAAAACACCGUAAUAAAAAUGGUCUUUGGCUAAAUACCCCAGUUUUCCUGAAAACCUGCUAGGUAGUUAUGCUGAUGGGAAGUUUAUGGCAAAUAAUUUUGCCUUAUAGGCUGUUGUUCUAACAAAAUAAACCUUAGACAUAUCACCUAAAUAUGCUGCAGAUUUUAUAAUUGAUUGGUUACUUAUUUAAGGAAGCAAAACAGAGCACCUUUACCCUUAGUCUUCUCUUAUGAGUUUCUUACUGUACUUUGCGCAGUUGUGUGUGCAUAUUUCACCUACCCAUGCUGGGCUCCUAAUGUGUGGAAGUUUAAUGUUGUGAUAAACUGCCAUAAUUUUGAUACAUCUGUGAUUUAGGUCAUGAAUUUAGAUAAACUAGCUCAUUGUUUCCAUCUUUGGAAAGGGAAAAAAAAAAAGACAUUUUUAGGCAUUAGCCUAAGUUUCUUAGCUAGACGUGUAGGCACUCUUCACUUAAAUACCUCAGUUCUUCUUUCCUUUCGCAUGCAUUUUCCCCCUGUUUGGUGCUAUGUUUAUGUAUUAUGCUUGAAAUUUUAAUUUUUUUUUUUUUGCACUGUAACUAUAAUACCUCUUAAUUUACCUUUUUAAAAGUUGUGGGUCAGUCUUGCACUCCCACCAAAAUACUAGUAGAGGUUUGCUGCAGUUUGCCCCAUUAAUUAUGCUUGAAGUUUAAAAAAGCUGAGCAGAGGUGUCUAAGAUUUUCCAGCACAUUAUUCUGAACUUGAUGCUUCAUGAAGUGCUUCACUUAUGUUUUAAAUUACAAUUGAAUACUGUACUCUGGCUUUAUCUGCACCUCCCACCCCUAAAGAAACACCUCUCUGCUUGUGCACACACAGAAGUCUCUCAGCUCCAGCUUUCUAAGGUCACCUGAGUGAGGGGCAGAUUAAGCUUCUCCAACAUUAAAUUUAAAUUAAGACCUGAAUUACUAAAUGAAUUUUUGUUAACAGAUUAGGUGGACUUGUUUUUAAAAUAUUUAAUUCUGAUUUGAAACCUUAGGUUUCUGUUUACUUUUUGAAAAAUCUCAAUGUAUGAUAUCAUGGCAAGUUAAACCAAGCAAUUCUUGGAUUAUAUAACUGUAAACAUGUACAGUUAACAAGUCAGACUGGAUAUGAAUUUUAUUUGUGAGGGUGAUUUGUAAAAAAGUUAUAUCACAAAUCUUGAUAAUUUAUAAACUACCUGAUGCCAAGAAUGGAGGGUUUUGCAUCACAUCUAAUGCCCUAAUACCAAUGCUGAGGGGUUCUUUUGCCUCUUGGCGCCAAAAUCAGAUUGUUUCAGUUAUAGUUCCCAUUGGGAGAAAAAUGCCUCAAUAUAUUUUGUAACUGUAGGAAGAGUAUUUUUUGUUAAUACUAACAAGUCCAGACUUGGAUACGAUUAGGUUGUACAUUCUCAGGGGUUCCAAUUGCCUGCUACCAUUCGAAAUGUUUUUAUCAACAGCAAAUUUUAGCUAUUUCAUUUUUUUUGUUGGAGAAAAAAAGUGGACUCUUAAUUUGUGACUCACAUUUUGAAGAAUUCUACAAUCCCUGGAUACUAAGUUAAAAAACAAAAAAGAUGAGUUAGACAUAUGAAGUGGUUAUGAACAGUUUUGUGCUGCUGAUUUUUAAUGCUGUAAACUUUUCCCUGGUUUAGCUUGUUGAGACGUUUUGCAUCUAUCAGUUAAGGGAAAAAAAAAAGUCACCCUGUAUGUUGUCCCUCUUUACGACUGUGUGUGUCAUCCUUUUGUUCCUGUGAUUGCAAUGUGAGUGUAACACGCAGAACCUCCUAGUGGGGAGGGGGCAGGAGUGUGCUGAAAGCACGCGUGGGAAAGAAUGGUGGGGUGAAUCUUGAAAAGCAACUGCAGAAGUUCCUUAUGCUGAUUGUGUGGAGGUUAGUUGGCAUGAACCUUCAUUGUAAAUGUUUUUAUUUCUUUUAUAAUGUCCUUUUAGCAGUCCUAACUCUGCUGCGUUUUGUAAUAGCUUUUUUCCCCUCUGUUCUGUUCAUGGAGCACAGAUAAGCACUGCACUUGGUACAUGCUUUACCUCAUUUCAAGGAAAAUAUGCUUAACUGAGAGGAAAAAUGUGGUUUGGCCUUGCUGCUGUUUUGAUUUACCGAAUUUGAAAAAGAUAAUUAUAAUGCCUGCAAUGUGUCAUAUACUUGCACAACUUAAAUAGGUUAUUUUUGUCUGUGGCAUUUUUACUGUUCUGUGAAAGUAUGACAGAGUUGUGAACUGAACUCUUAAUUAUGUUUCAAAAAUGUUUGUUACAUUUUUUUCUUUUACAUUAUGUGAAGUGAUUAAAUUUAGAAUGACCUCUAACACUCCUGUAAUUAUCUUUUAAAAUACUAAUAUUUUUACUUUCUUAAUAAUAGCUUUCCCUCAGAAAGAUUCAAAUACCUGCCUAAAUAGCAAGAGAAUUGAGGCUUUGGUUCUGUUGGUUCAGUUUGUAAAUGCAAUUAUUCACUCAACUGUCAGCCAUUUCAGUCAUUCCCCACAGUCUGAAUGCUGAGUGCAGAGCACUCGAAGUCCAGACCUGCCACAGUUCAGUCUUCAGGCCCAGUUGAUUUAAAACGUUGUAUCUUGCUCUGUUAGGGUAGCUAAUCCUUUUACACAAAAUUAAAGCCACCAGACCAAGACCUUGAUGUCUUCAUUUAAACUGCAUCUGAAAUUAUGUUAGAGCUCGUCUUUACCCCGUUUGCAUGAUCUGCAGAGAAGAAAUUCAGUGUCAUGUUUAUUACCUUAAGGUUAUUUUAAUUACAUUCAAAUAGGUAUAUUUUUUCAACCACUGAUUACUUUUCAGGAAUUUAAUUGUUUCCAAAUAAACUUCUUUAUUUUAUAUUGUACAUGAAAAGUUUUUAAGCUAUGUUUAAGACCAAGGAUAUUAAAAUGAUUAUAAAGUUGUUGGGGAUGCCAGGAGCACUAUCUAGGGAAUUGGCAUGGAGUCCAUUAGCGGUGAAAAUGAGCUUUCCAAACUAAUGGUAAAUAAAAAUAUUUUAAUCAUUAAUUGUUCUUUUUUCCUAGUUCAUUUUUAUUUGGACGUCAGCAAGACAAUUUAAAUUUUAUGGACAUACUCAGAAUUCACUGUAGUAGCAGGUUGCAUUGCAAAAAUGCAAAGGUGAACAGGAAGUAAAAUUUCUGGUUUUUCUGCUGUAAAUAGAGUGAAGGAAAAUGACUAAAAUUGAGUGAAAUUAACAAAUAUAAUUUGAUUGACAAUAAAAUACUUACCAUCUCAUGCUGCCACUGUUUUCUUUAAAGAACAUGAUGUAAUUCAUCCCUCCAGUCAUUGUGCUGCAGAAAUGUGCAGUCUGCACCUGAUGGGCCACCAUUUCCUUGCGUCGUUUUUUGUAAUAUUCAUAGCCAAGUGAAUCUCCAAUAAAGUUAUGGUCUGUUCA